GAAGACCAAGGAAGCCACACUCAAAUAUCAGACUGGGAAGCAGCACCACUCAAGAGGAUCCCGGGAGUGAAGAGUUGGGGAAAUCUUUCUGAAUCCAUCCAGGAAACAAAAGAUCCAAGAUGUUUCGAAGAUCGGUUGUAACCGAUGGGACAGCCACUGGCCAAGGUCCUGCUGAUGACAAUUGCUAUGGUAAAGAAGUGGGGAUCAAGAAGAAAUCUAAGGUCCCUGGGGUUAUGAUAACACAGUUUAUCGAGCCCCUGCCAGAGGGAAUGAGUCAUCCAGACUUCAUCCGCAAGCCAAUUGCUCUGACCAUUCAAGAGGGUAAAUUUGCUUUUUUCAAAGCCAUUGUCACUGGAGACCCAACACCGACAGUAACAUGGAGCCGAAAUAAUGGAGAUGUGUCUGACACAUCCAGAUACCAGACUAAAUAUGAUCCAACGUCCAAUGAGCAUACAUUUGAGAUGCCAAAUGUUAUGCCAGAUCAAGCUGAUACUUAUAAAUGUUUUGCCAUAAAUGAAUAUGGACAGGCCAUUGUCACAGUUAUUCUGAAUAUUAUUGAAGUUGGUUACAAAAAAAACAAAGCCCCUCAACCAGCAGCUGAAGCUACAAAUGGAAAUUUUAAGACCGUACUAAAAAGGAGAAGCAAGAUCCUUCCAAAGUCUGAGCAGUCCGAGAGAAAAGAUGGAGAGAUCGAUCCUAAAUUUUGGGAGCUCUUACUAAGUGCUGAGAAGAAAGACUAUGAGAUAAUCUGUACAGAGUUUGGAGUGACUGACUUUCGUUGGAUGCUGAAAAAACUUAAUGAAAAGAAGAAGGAAAGAGAGGAAGAGCAAGCUGAGUUUGUCAGAAACCUUUCCAACCUGAAACCCAUUCAGGUAAAUGCAGAUGGUACUGCAUCCUUCGAGGUUGAUAUGGACCUUAUUGAACCAAGUAGCUCCAUUUUCCUGUACAAGGACGGAGUAAUGGUUCCAUAUACGAAGGAGUUGGGAGACAAAAUAAAGCACAACCUUAAACAAGUGGGGAAAAAGUACAUUUUCAGUAUGAAGGACCUUAUGCCAGAUGAUGCUGGACUGUACCAGUUGGAUGUAGAGGAUGUGAAUAUGUUUUCCACUGAUUUUAAAAUCCCCAUGGUGGAUUUCUUGGUGAAAAUUCAGGAAGUGAAGGCAAUUGAGAGAGAGGAUGCUGUUUUUGAAUGUGUCCUGUCAAAUCCAUUCUCCAAGAUUUUGUGGUUUGGCAAGAAUUUACCCUUGGAACAAGGGGAGAAAUAUGAUAUCCAGGUUUCAGAAGACAAGCUGAUUCACCGUCUUGUGGUCAAAGACUGCAUGGUGGUGGAUAAAGGAAUUUAUUCUGCUUGUGCAGGAAUAAAAUCCUGCAAUGCAUGGCUCGUCGUUGAAGCUGAUAAAGAGGUACCAAAGGGCAAAAAAUCUGCCAGAAAAACCACAAGGGCAGGAGGUUCUGGUAUGGAUCUUCAAAAGGUUGCUCAAGAGCAACAAGUUAAAUUAGUGAAAGAGAGAGAGGAGAGGAAAGAGCAGAUUCAAAUUGCAAAAGAAGCAGCUGCACCUCCACCUGAAACCCCUCCAGCGCCUGCACCAACAAAGCCUCCAGCCGAACCUGAAGCACCGAAAGACCCAGAACCAAUUGUAAACGAACCACCAGUAGUGGAGCCACCAGUAGUAAGCCCAGCAGCAUCAAUAACAACUGCUGAAGAACCAGGAAGUGGCCACCCAACUGAGGAAGCCGGAGUUGGUGAAAGGCUUGAUGAACCACUUGUGGAUACAGGAGGGCCAGGAAUUACCUGUGGGCUGUCCGAUAUUUACUGUCAUCGUGGCCAGCCAGCUGAAUUAGCGGUUGCGAUGAACAUAGAAUGUGAGGGCACCUGGUUUAAAGAUGGAGAGCAGUUAAACUCAGGCGCUGGAAUCACCAUAACCAAAGAUGGAACCUCUCACAAACUGACAAUUCAAACCUGCAAAGAUGAUGACUCUGGAGUUUAUCGUUUUGUAUCAGGGGAUCAAAGCACUCAAGGAAAGGUCACUGUUGGAGGUGUUCCUGAGUUUGACCCUGAUGACCUCCAUAAGUUCUCCAAACCUGUGAUCAUAAGAGUGGGCCAGAAUGCUGCUUUCAAGAUGCCCUUUCCUCCUCAGGAGUCUUUGGUUGUCAGUUGGUUCAAGGAUUGCACUGAGAUUAAAGAUGGAGGAGGAGUUAAAAUUGUGAGGGAGCCAAAUCACAGUCGGCUACUGCUCAGAGACUGUCUGCGGACAGACGCAGGGGAAAUAAAGAUCCAACUCAAAAACCCCUUUGGGUCUGUGGAGGCCACAUCUAAGCUUAUUGUGCUUGAUCGUCCAGGUCCACCAGAGGGUCCAGUUGAGACGGCUGAAUCCACUUCAUCUAUAAUUGAGAUUAAGUGGAAUCCUCCAAAAGACGAUGGAGGCUCCGCUGUCACCAACUAUAUCAUAGAACGGCAGCAGGCAGGACAGUGUCUGUGGACAAAACUUGGGGAUGUCUCAGCUGACAGGACCUCCUUCAGAGACAGGAAUGUGAUGCAUGGAAAGAAAUACAACUACCGCAUCUAUGCUGAAAACCCUGAAGGCCUCAGUGACACCCUGGAGACAGCUGAUAGCAUUAUGGCUGGCAUAAUGAUUCUCUCCGGACCACCUGGCACACCACAAGUCGUGAGUGCCUCCAAGACCUGCAUCAAGUUGACCUGGACCCCUCCAGAGGACGACAGAGGGGUACCAAUCAUUGGUUACCAACUGGAGAAACGAAAGAAGGACACAAAUCAGUGGAUCGCCCUGAAUGCAGUUAAUGAACCCAUUGAAGAUGUGAAGUACGCAGUUAAAGAUGUCACAGAAGGAACAGAGUACGAGUUCAGAGUUUCAGCAAUAAAUGAGUCAGGACCUGGGGACCUCAGCCCUCCCUCUGCAAUGGUGUGUGCAAAGAAUCCCAACAUGAGACCUUGUUUUAAAGACCCAGAGGACUUUAUUGUUGUUCGAGCAGGAAUCUCUGCACGUGUCAAAAUUUGCUAUGAGGCUGAACCUCCUCCCGAGAUCACUUGGCUUAAAGACAAUGAACCCAUAUCCCCAUGGAUAAAUAUCAUCAAUACAGAGGGAAUGUCUCAGCUUGUUAUUCCUUCAUCAAAGCGCUCAGAUUCAGCCAUUUACACUAUCAUAGCCAAAAACUCAGUGGGUGAGGCUUCCUUUGACAUUGAGGUUAGAGUCACAGAUGAACCCAAGUCUCCAGGACCAGUGGAGUUAGAGCAAACAGUCCAUGGAAAAGUGUUGAUAUCAUGGGCUCCCUCUCCGGACCAGGAGCUUGACGACCGCCUGUUCUACAUGGUGUCUCAACAUGACUCGAACACCAGAAUGUGGAAGACCAUAGCAGACCGCCUAUUAACCAACACAUAUACUGCCAACAACAUCCUUCCAGGGACAGAGUAUCAUUUCAGAAUCUAUGCCAAAAAUGAUAUGGGUCUCUCAGAUCCAUCUCAGUCACCAACAUGGGGCGUAAACAGCAACAGAGUUCAAAAUACUUCAAAUGGAGGAAAUUCAACAGAGGUCUGCUUCGAAAGGCCUCCAUCCAUUCUGGUCCCUCUAAAAGUCCAUACACCGCCAAAAGGUUACCAACUAUACAUGACAUGUGCUGUCAGAGGAUGUCCUACACCUACUGUGUCAUGGUACCUGAAUGGCAUCUGCAUAAACUCAGACAACAACUACUACAUUACCAACUCUUUCGGUGUGUGCUCCAUGUACAUUAUGAGAGUCCGACCCAAUGACAGUGGUGAAUAUAGAGUUGUCGCAGUCAACUCUCUUGGCAAGGCAGAGUGUUCUACUAAACUUAUCGUCAAAGAUUAAAGUGGCAUGAAGGCUUUGAGAGUGAUUCUGGAAAUUGUGAAAGUAGAAUGUUUUCAAUUACUUUGAACUAUGGAUUGAAAGUGUGACUGUUCUGUAAGGUUUUGGUUAAAUCAUUUAAAACUGUAAUUUAUUAAAUGUAUUUAAAAUGCAAGUGAUUUACAAUUGUUACCCUGUUAUUUAAAGUAAUUACUUCGUAGCACAAGUGAAAAUAGAACCUGUAGUACUACGAAAGUGGUGAGUGCCUCUAAGACCUGCAUCAAUUUGACCUGGACUCAUCCAGAGGACGACAGAGGGGUACCAAUCAUUGGUUACCAAUUGGAGAAACCAAAGGACACAAAUCAGUGGAUUGCCCUGAAUGCACUCAAUGAACCAAUUGAACGUUUCAAAUACUGCUUGCACAGUUGUUACCCUGUUAUUCAAAAAUAAUUAUUUCAUAGUGCAAGUGAAAAUAGAACUUGUAGUACUAAGAACUUGACCAGGAACUUAUAUAAUAUGGUAAUAUGAAAGCUGUCAAAACUGUCUUGCUCUUGUAACAAUGGAAAUAAAUGUAACAAACUAA